AUGGGAAACAAUAAAAAGUCCAAGCAAGCCAAGAAGAAGCAGCAGGCAUCCGCGGCGACUGCCCCUGCCACUUUGAAUGGGAAUGGAGCAGACCAGUCAGAUCACGAAGGGCGCUUGUCAGUUGACGCCGAGUCUCCAACCUCGCCUGUGAAGGAUUCCUCGCCUGCUCCUCCGGAAACACCUGCCCGAGGCACGGAGCCAGAGCCGGAACAAAAGGUUGAUCUGAUCGUACUGGCGGAGCAGACCAAGGAGGCGGGCAAUGUGGCGUUCAAGGCGAAGAGGUUCGGCGAGGCCGUCGAUCUCUACACCAAAGCGAUCGAGCUUAACCCCAGUGAACCCGCCUACCUCACCAACCGUGCGGCCGCAUACAUGGCCCUCAAGCGCUUCCGCCCCGCAUUGCAAGACUGCCAAUCCGCACAGGCGCUCCAGUCGACCGCACCCUCCGCGAAGACCCUUGUCCGCCUCGCCCGCUGCCAGCUUGCGCUCGGCCAGCCCACCCCGGCCCUCUCCACACUCUCCGCCGCGCUCGACCUUGAGCCGAACAACGCGGCCGCCAAGGCCUUGCAGCGUCAAGUGCGCGACCUCGAGGGUCACCUCCGCAACUUCGAAGGGGCGCGGAGCAGGCGGGACUGGGGUAUGGCGCGUCUCGCCCUCGACCGGUGUUUGAGCGGGAUCGAGGGCGAGGGCGGGGAGGUUCCCGUCGAGUGGCGGCUGUGGAGGAUCGAGCUGGAGCUGGCUAGGAGUAACUGGGAAGCUGCCAACAUCGCCGCCAACGACGCAAUGCGGUUAUUCAGCAAUUCCCCGGACGUACUCACCAUGCGCGGUCUCGUUCUCUUCCUUACGGCCAAGCUGUCUCAAGCCCUUCAACAUGCUCAGUCUGCCCUCCGCCUCGACCCUGGUUACGAACCCGCGCACAAGCUGCGCAAGCGCGUCAAAGAUGUUGAGAGGCUGAAGGAAGAGGGGAACAAUGCCUUUAAGACCGGGAAGCUGGACGAGGCGACCGAGAAAUACACGGAGGCGCUUGAGAGAGUCGGCGAGAACGAGAACGAGGGCUCCGGAGGUCAGAUAAGGGCGACAUUACUAAGCAAUAGGGCAACGACGCUGUUGAAGCUACAACGACACGAGGAGGCACUCGCAGACACGGACGCUUCACUCGUCCUGCUGCCUACAUCGUUUAAAGCCCUCCGCACCCGCGCGCGGAUCCACCUACACAUGGAGAAAUACGAGAAUGCCGUGGCUGAUUUCAAGAGUGCCUUAGAGCAGGCAGGUAUGGAUGGGACGGACCAGGAUGUCCGGAGUUUGCGAGACGAUGUCAAGAAGGCGGAGGCGGCUCUCAAGCGGAGCAAGACCAAGGACUACUACAAAAUCCUCGGCCUCGCGAGGGACUGUACGGAGGUGGAGAUCAAGAAGGCAUACAGGCGGGAGAGUCUGAUCCACCACCCUGACAAGGGCGGUGACGAGGAAAAAUUCAAGCUCGUGGUCGAAGCGCACAGCGUGCUCUCAGACCCGCGCAGACGCCAGCGGUACGACCUCGGCGAGGACGAGGACGGCCAAAACGACGGCAUGGGCGGUGGCAUGGGCGGCGGCGUCGACCUUUCAGAGCUGUUCGCUCAGUUCCACGGAGGCGGCAUGGGCGGCGGCGGUUUCCACAGUCACAGCCAUAGUCAUAGCCACGGUGGCUUUGGCGGAGGCGGAGGGUAUGGAGGACGAUAUGGAGGUGCGGGCCGGACGCAGGGCGGGUACUCACCGUUCGGGUUCUGAGCACCUCGGUCCUUGAUUGGCUCCCUUGCGGUGUUUUCUCCAUCACUUCCAUUUAUAUCACUCGUGUGCUCACAUGUCUUGCAAUGUCCGCCUACCUUCAAUCGCGAC